CCAGUCCAAUAGUGCAAAACCUUGAGAGAUUUAAUCUUAGGCACUACCAUAUUUACAUUGUAUGUGUAUAUGUACAUGAACAUGGGUAGAUGUUCUAUGCAUGCAUUCAUAUGUGCGGUCUUGGGUGCCGUUCUGCUUUUGGCGCCGCGGCGGAUUGAAGCCAUCACUUGCCAGGACGUCGCCACCAACUUGGCUCCAUGCACCGGUUACUUUCUCGGCGGCGGGCUGGCGCUUCCGGCAUGCUGCGCCGGAGUGAGGGGACUCCAUGAUGCCGCCGUGGCGUCAACUCCUGACCGGAGAACCAUCUGCAGCUGCCUGAAGAGAUAUGCCCUCGGAAUGUCCGGCUUCAAUCCUGCCGUGGCCAGGUCCCUCCCGGCGAAGUGUGGAGUGCAAGUUGCUCAUCCUAUCUUUGCAAGCACCGAUUGCUCCAAGGUUUAGGGAGAAGGAGAACAAAUUCUGAUGAUGGUGGUGGUGCUCAUAGUGCGUUCCUGCGUCGACAAAAGAAUAAAAGGGGACCAUAUGGCCUUUUUGUGGGCUUCGAUAAAAUUCACCUUCAUUUGUAGAUCCUGCAAUUCAAUGCAAAGUGGUUUUACUU